GCUUGCUGUACCGACGUCAGACCCAAACAAGCAACAGAUCUAGCUUCUGAUCACUGUCGAAUGGUUUUAAACCAAGGGGAAUUUCUCUUCAUAGCCAAGUUUUUAUCAUAAUGUCUCAGGAUCUGUGGUUACAGAACUAUGAUGCCACAUGUCGCCUGGCACAGGAAAUUGCAGAAAACAUUCAUGAACGUAACAGACAGCAGAGAACAGGGGGAAACCCUGCAAAGAUUAACAUGACACUACGGGCUUCACAGCAGAAGCUGAAACAGAACAUUGCCCAGCUCAAAGAAAGUUUGCUGCGAGCUUCAUCAUCUCGACGCAUAAUGCAAGCAGAAGCAGACAGGAGGCAGAACCUCAUUGAUGACCUGCUAACCAGAGAGAAGCAGCUCAAUGCAACAUUCAAGGGAGAUAUCACAGAGCCAGAAACCUCCAGGACGACACUGAUGGCCGGAGGGGCAGGAAUGAGUGGUGGUGAUGCAGCCAACCCAUGGCUCGUCAAUGAGUCGGAGGAGACCAGAGGUUUGACCUUUGGGGAGAUUAAACAGCAACAACAUCGAAUCAUUGAAGCCCAGGAUGCAGGCUUGGAUGCACUUGCAGCUGUCAUCAGCCGACAGAAGAUAAUGGGCCAGGAGAUCGGCAAUGAGCUGGAUGAACACAACGAAAUCAUCGACGACCUUGCGCAUCUCGUGGACAAAACAGAUGACAGGAUUCGUAAUGAGACCCGAAGAGUGAAGCUGGUGGAGACAAAGUCAGCCUCCUGUGGGAUGCUGGUGGUGAUCGUGCUGCUCCUAAUAGCCAUCAUCGUGAUUGCUGCGUGGCCCAUGUAGGUGACAAGGACACCAGUGAUCCUGGACCUGCACUGGACGAGCGCUUCGGUGACAGUGCUGUGCAGAAUGCCAUAUUAAAGCACAUGUACAGUACAGUGUGUUUACACAAACACAAAUACCCAUUUAAACACCGUCUGUCAUCAGAUUUUAUUUUCCUACUUUCACUCCUCAUAUGUGAAAUGAAGUGCAUCACUGUGACACUGUCGUUCUUUUCUUUACAGUUGCUUGGUUGCAGGUUAACCCUGUAAUAUACUGUAUAAUGCCAUUGGGUGUAAAUUGUUCCUCAUUCAUAGUAAACGUGUGGCUCAUUAAGUUGGCAAUUCAUCAAACAGUAAAAUAUUUAUUUUUUUUUAAGAAAUAUUUUUAGCCUGGUCUAUGGUGAAUAUAGAUCCAACAUUUAGACCUCACACAGGUAUCGGGAGCAUUUCUUCCAUGAGUCUGUCUGGGUCUGGGCUGAGGCUCAUACUGGGUACAGUUAUUCCAUAAGCUGUGCAGUAUCCACACUUACUUAUAUCUACCCAUGCAUUACUGUAACUGUGUAAUGUUAUCAUUUGUCUUGGGAUUUUACUCUGUUUAUAGAGUCGCUCUGAGCCAAAGCUAACAGCUCAGUUCUGUUACUAACACGGCUGUUUUCCUUUCUUGUAAAUCAAUUCAGCUUGUAAUUUCUAAUAAAUGACAUUUCCAGUU